AUGGUUUUGGAAGUGCUGAACUCAGUGCAUUAUAACAUCACCAGCAUGGUGACCGAAGUUGCGCCUGUUGCCAGCAUUGCAAUCCUGCUGCUCACUGGCUUUCUUCUCUUGGUUUGGAAUUAUAAAAACAAAUCCUCAAUACCAGGUCCUGGCUACUUUCUGGGAGUUGGACCCCUCAUUUCCUACUGUAGGUUCCUCUGGAUGGGGAAUGGCAGUGCCUGCAAUUACUACAACAAGACGUACGGUGAAUUCGUGAGAGUCUGGAUAUAUGGAGAGGAAACCCUCAUUAUUAGCAAGUCCUCAAGCGUGUUCCAUGUAAUGAAGCACAAUCACUACACAUCCCGAUUUGGCAGCAAACUUGGGUUGCAGUGCAUUGGCAUGCAUGAGAAAGGCAUCAUAUUUAAUAAUAAUCCAGUCCUCUGGAAAGCUGUUAGAACUUACUUUAUGAAAGCUUUGUCUGGCCCCAGCCUGGUGCGCAUGGUGACCGUCUGUGCUGAUUCCAUCACCAAGCAUCUGGACAGGCUGGAGGAGGUCCGCAACAAGUUGGGCUAUGUGGAUGUGUUGACCCUCAUGCGGCGCAUCAUGCUGGACACCUCUAACAAGCUCUUCCUGAGGAUCCCCUUGGACGAAAGGGCCAUCGUGGUUAAAAUCCAGGGUUAUUUUGAUGCAUGGCAAGCUCUCCUUCUCAAACCAGACAUCUUCUUUAAGAUUUCUUGGCUAUGCAGAAAGUAUGAAAAGUCUGUCGAGGAGCUGAAAGACGAAAUGGAAAUUCUGGUAGAAAAAAAAAGACGCAGGAUUUUCAUAGCAGAGAAACUGGAAGACUCAAUGGAUUUCACCACUGAGUUGAUUUUGGCUGAGAAGCGUGGUGACCUGACAAGAGAGAAUGUGAACCAGUGCGUACUGGAAAUGCUGAUCGCAGCACCGGACACCAUGUCCAUCUCUGUGUUUUUCAUGAUGCUUCUCAUUGCAAAGCACCCCCAGGUUGAAGAGGCAAUAAUGAAGGAAAUCCAGACUGUUGUUGGUGAAAGAGACAUAAGGAUUGAUGAUAUGCAAAAACUAAAAGUGGUAGAAAACUUUAUUUAUGAGAGCAUGCGGUACCAGCCUGUCGUGGACCUGGUCAUGCGCAAAGCCUUAGAGGAUGAUGUCAUCGAUGGCUACCCAGUGAAAAAGGGGACUAACAUUAUCCUGAAUAUUGGAAGAAUGCAUAGACUCGAGUUUUUCCCCAAGCCCAAUGAAUUUACUCUUGAAAACUUUGCCAAGAAUGUUCCUUACAGGUACUUUCAGCCAUUUGGCUUUGGGCCCCGGGCCUGUCCGGGAAAAUACAUUGCCAUGGUGAUGAUGAAGGUCACCCUGGUCACACUUCUGAGACGCUUCCACGUGCAGACAUUGCAAGGUCAAUGUGUUGAAAAGAUGCAGAAGAAAAAUGACUUAUCUUUGCACCCAGAUGAGACCAGCGACCUGCUGGGAAUGAUUUUCAUUCCAAGAAAUUCAGACAAGUGCCUCGACCACUAG